AGGCCUAAGGCCUUAAAGGACGUGGACCAAGGCCUUCCAUCAUACAAAGCAGUAUAAUCUGAACAUAUAACAUGUUGGCUAUAUUACUGAAUAAACAUUCAGCUCUGUUCUACCCGGAUUAUGGAUUUCACAAGUCUGAUACUUGCUCUGGUCAUAGUUUGCUGUUUUUGUCAGUGCUUAAGUUCUGGCAACGAUACCAUUACACCAGGCCAAUUCAUCAGAGAUCCUCACACUCUCACCUCAGCUAAUAGUGCCUUCAAGCUAGGAUUCUUCAGCCCUCAAAAUUCUUCAAAUCGCUACCUGGGAAUCUGGUAUCUCUCUGACUCCAAUGUCAUAUGGGUAGCUAACAGAAACCAGCCACUAAAGAAGAGCUCUUCCGGAACUGUUCAAAUUUCUGAGGAUGGCAAUCUCGUGGUAUUAGAUAGCAACAAAAGGGCUGUUUGGUCAACAAAUUUGACACAUAAUAUUGCAACCAAUUCAACUGCCAAACUUUUAGAGACUGGAAAUCUAGUCCUCCUAGAUGAUGCAUCGGGGCAAACUACAUGGGAGAGUUUCCGACAUCCUUGUCAUGCUCUCGUGCCAAAGAUGAAGUUUGGUAGUAACCAAAAAACAGGUGAGAAAAUACGCAUAACAUCAUGGAGAAGUGCUUCUGAUCCUUCUGUUGGAUACUAUUCUACUACUCUUGAACACCCAAACACUCCAGAAAUGUUUUUCUGGUUGAAUGAAACGCGACCAUAUCAUCGGUCUGGUCCGUGGAAUAGCCAGAUUUUUAUUGGCUCAACUGAGAUGUCACCUGGUUAUCUAAGUGGAUGGAAUAUAAUGAAUGAUGUAGAUGAUGAAACUGUUUAUCUUUCUUAUACUCUGCCAAAUCAAUCUUACUUUGGAAUCAUGACCUUGAAUCCACAUGGUCAAAUUGUAUGCUCCUGGUGGUUCAAUGAAAAGUUAGUUAAGAGGAUGGUGAUGCAAAGAACUUCCUGCGAUCUUUAUGGAUAUUGUGGGGCAUUUGGAAGCUGUAGUAUGCAGGAUUCUCCAAUAUGCAGCUGUUUGAAUGGAUAUAAGCCCAAAAAUGUGGAGGAGUGGAAUAGAAAAAAUUGGACUAGUGGGUGUGUAAGGAGUGAGCCACUGCAAUGUGGGGAACACACAAAUGGAAGUAAAGUCAGCAAAGAUGGGUUUUUGAGGCUUGAGAAUAUCAAAGUGCCAGAUUUUGUACGAAGAUUAGAUUAUUUGAAAGAUGAAUGCAGAGCUCAGUGUUUGGAGAGUUGCUCUUGCGUGGCCUACGCAUAUGACAGUGGCAUUGGAUGCAUGGUUUGGAGUGGAGACUUGAUCGACAUACAGAAAUUCGCAAGUGGAGGGGUUGAUCUUUACAUUCGUGUGCCACCUUCAGAACUUGAAAAACUUGCAGAUAAAAGAAAACACAGGAAAUUUAUAAUUCCAGUUGGAGUAACUAUAGGAACGAUUACUUUGGUUGGCUGUGUUUAUCUCUCAUGGAAAUGGACUACUAAACCAACAGGUAAUGUAUAUUCACUAAGACAGAGAAUGAACAGAGAUCACAAUGAAGUCAAAUUGCAUGAUCAGUUGCCACUUUUUAGUUUUGAAGAACUUGUAAAUGCUACAAACAAUUUUCACUCAGCCAACGAACUAGGCAAGGGAGGUUUUGGUUCAGUAUAUAAGGGACAAUUGAAAGAUGGACAUGAAAUAGCAGUAAAAAGACUUUCAAAAACCUCUGGACAAGGGUUAGAAGAAUGUAUGAAUGAGGUUUUAGUUAUAUCAAAGCUUCAACAUCGCAAUCUUGUCAGACUUCUUGGCUGCUGUAUUAAAAAGAAGGAAAAUAUGUUGGUAUACGAGUACAUGCCUAACAAGAGUUUGGAUGUAAUAUUAUUUGAUCCAGUCAAAAAGAAAGAUCUAGAUUGGCCAAAACGCUUCAACAUUAUUGAAGGAAUCUCUCGAGGUUUGCUUUAUCUCCACAGAGAUUCUAGACUAAAAAUUAUACACAGAGAUUUAAAGGUUAGUAACAUCUUGUUGGAUGGAGAGCUAAAUCCAAAAAUAUCUGACUUUGGUAUGGCUAGAAUCUUUGGAGGCAAUGAUAUACAGACCAAUACUAGAAGGGUUGUUGGAACAUUUGGUUAUAUGCCUCCAGAAUAUGCAUUCCGAGGACUGGUUUCUGAGAAAUUAGAUGUCUUUAGCUUUGGAGUCUUGUUGCUAGAGAUUAUUAGUGGGAGAAAAAUCAGUAGCUAUUACGAUCAUGACCAAUCAAUGAGUCUCUUAGGAUUUGCUUGGAAAUUAUGGAAUGAAAAGGACAUCCAAUCCGUGAUAGACCCUGAAAUAUCUAAUCCAAAUCAUGUGAAUGACAUCGAGAGAUGCAUACACAUCGGACUUCUUUGUUUGCAAAAUCUUGCAACCGAAAGGCCAAUUAUGGCUACAGUAGUUUCAAUGCUCAAUAGUGAGAUUGUCAAUCUUCCUCGGCCAUCACAUCCUGCAUUUGUCGAUAGGCAAAUUGUAUCGUCUGCGGAGUCAUCUCGACAGAACCACAGAACACAGUCCAUCAACAAUGUUACUGUCACAGACAUGCAAGGUAGAUAGCAAAUAAUGAUAAAAUUGUAAAUGAAUAUACCCAUGCCGAUUUCAACUCAUUAAAACUGUAAAUAUAUAUAAUCCAAAUCCUGUAUUUAUGUAUAUAUUUGUCUUCCGAAACUGUAGACGUAAUUUUAUGUUUUUAUCAUCAAACUUAAAUGUGGUUUUAACUAAA